GACCAGGAAAGGCACAGAGUUCUCGAGACUGAUUCAAAAGGAAAUCUUUACCUGUACAAGUCCGCUUUGCUUUGCAAAAGUGAGAUAAUCAAACGAUUAACUGAAGAUAACUUCAGAGUGGUUAAACCGAGCGCUACUGAAGGUAAAGUACAUACAGAGUUUUCAGUAAAUAUUAUGGCAAACUGAAAAGCGUCUUUACGCAAUCCGCAGGCCACCCUAGGCCACAACCCUCCAUAAUUAAUCAGUUUUUUGGCAUCACAUAAAGCCAAUAUGUACAACAAGUAAAAUUCAUAAUUCUAGUCUCAUACAAAAUCUACUUCCCCCUCCUCCCCCCCCCCCUACACACACACCCACCCACCCACCCACCCACCAUUAACAACAACAGCAACUUUUAAACAACUUGUCUGGAUACAAUAGGGCCAUUUAUACGAGGAAAAAUAAGACGCGUCUUAAAUAAGACGCGAACUGUACCAUUUAUACGAGCAUGUCUUAUCUAAUAAGACGCGUCUUAGCUAAGCCGCGUCUUAUUUUAGACGAAAUGUGCCGUUUAUACGGAAAGUUCGCGUCUUAUGUAAGACGCGUCUUAUUUUUCCUCGUAUAAAUGGCCCUAAUAUUUCUUUUUUUUUUACAGGGGAAUCUAAAGAAUUUCCAGUGUUAAACUGCCUGGACCUCAAACUUAAAAUACCCUCUUCUGCAUCAGGGGUCUACUGGAUUGACCCGGACGGUGGUUCCCAUGGGAACGCUUUCCAGGCCUUCUGUGACCAACAGACAGAUGGAGGAGGCUGGACACUAGUUUGGAGUUACACCUUCACAAAUUACACGAAUUUUAAGAGUGGUUCAAACGCAGUUACCCCUCGGCCUACCUGGACAGCCAGAAAAGCCGACACUCGAGUAUCUGCAACAGUUCCACUAAGCGAGACCCACUUUGAAGCCAUGGACUUUGCCUUGUGGCGCACCAUUGGUAACCAGACUCUGAUCAAAAGUAACAUCAAUAACUGGCUCGUUUGCAAGGAGGGUCGUGGUAGCAUAUUGCAACAGAAAGAUGGGUCACUCAGCUGUGAAAUAGUUAAAAAGGUGGUCCCAAAGAAGUGUGCUCAGCAGGAGUGGUCAGCAUCAUCCUAUAAAACAAGGAGCAGCGACAACGGACGUCUCUAAUCCAUUUUGAUCUCAAAUUUUUGUGUUGGUGAUUAAAGUCCUUUAAAAUUAGUUGUUAAAAAAACAAACAAACAAACAAUACAAGGAGGAGCACGAUAAAAAGUAGUGACAAUCUAGGUUAUAUUUACCUACUCUCAUUUAAUCUUGCUUUACGUAGGAGAUGAGUUUUAAAAACUAAUUUGCUAACAAAAUUUCAGGCUGGAGACCUUCCAAUUGACCCUCGCCGCUCGAAGGCCAAUAAAUUCCAAACUAAGCGACCGAUCUCCCUAAAAUUGCCACCAGCCAGACCGAAGAGUGUACACCUACCCGUUCGACGAGCGCCAGGUUCUAAAUUCGGCUGCAUGAGCUCGAGGAUCGUUGCAUUUCGCAUCGAUUCUGGCCAGCUUCGCUUCGCCAUGAUGCGCAAUCUUAACUGUUAUCCUACGAGAUUCAAAUCUUGGAGCUUAGCGACCGCGUCAGACGGACAAAACGUCACUCUCGCGGGGGGAGGGUCGUCACUUUUGCCCUAUCGCAAACCGACACCGUCCGGGGAGCCGGUGCGUUUAAUUCGGCCGGAAACAGCUCACGCGUGUAUGACACAUGAAACCCAAAAACGUCCCAGACUGUCUUUAUUAAAUCCGGCCAAACUUAUAUUUAACUACACGCAUUAUGUAGUGGCACAAAGAAGCCAGUCAAUUGAUUGGUAAAAAAACAACAUGCUAAUGGUAUUGAAAAAUAUUGAGCUUUAAAAUACUCUCCUCCGAUAUUAAAACUACAAGUGACAUUUACAAAGCGAUUGAGUUUUAAGACGACAUUCAAAGGACACAGCAUCAUAAUGUAUUUAAAUCAUGCUUAGACGUGAUAAAUACCCAAAACCAGUGUCAGAUCUGGAUAUAUUUUUAAACAGACUACGUGCUGUGUACAGCUAAACAUUGUUCUCUGAGAUCGCGUAAACCUAAACUUUACGGAGAAAUUAAAAGCAGUUACUCUCACAUAACAGCAGCUAUGGAAAAAUUAUUAUAUAUUUGAGUAGACAUAUCUCAUAAACGGGCUACAAAUUCAACAGGAAUACGCGCGAACUGAAUAAAUUGUCUGUUGAAAAUUUAAAAGGUUCUGCUCCACUUACACAAUUUUCCCUUGCUGAACAUAAACUAUACCGAACCGUAUCUUGGUCCGCUAUAUAGAAGCGAUAUCAUCGUUCAAAUUUUAAACUGUAAGAUCCCCUGAAAGAAGUCUCCUCAAUGGAGCAAUAUGUAAAAGGUUUCAAAGGUUUCACGCCGGUGAAGAUGUGCGGCCUGUCACCUCUUGCAAGUUUUUACUUUAGGGCAAAAGUGACGACCCUUCCCCCGCGAGAGUGACGUUUUGUCCAUCUGACGCGGUCGCUAAGCUCCAAGAUUUGAAUCUCGUAGGAUAACAGUUAAGAUUGCGCAUCAUGGCGAAGCGAAGCUGGCCAGAAUCGAUGCGAAAUGCAACGAUCCUCGAGCUCAUGCAGCCGAAUUUAGAACCUGGCGCUCGUCGAACGGGUAGGUGUACACUCUUCGGUCUGGCUGGUGGCAAUUUUAGGGAGAUCGGUCGCUUUGUUUGGAAUUUAUUGGCCUUCGAGCUGCGAGGGUCAAUUGGAAGGUCUCCAGCCUUCCCUUCUUUUAUAGUGUUCAGUACUCGAUGGAAAGAAAGUCGACUAAACGGCGUUUAAACCGGCCGUAGGACACAGAGUGGCUAUGAACUAAAGGUAAGGGAGCUUUUUGAAUCAAUAUUUCGCGUGAUCAUGAUUUUUUUUUUCUUAGCGUUGUAGAUUCGAAUACAUGUGAUAAAAUUCGAACAAUAAGGGUCCGAAUCACAUGUAAUAAUGCAAGAAAUAUCGACCUUCGUUAUCUUAAAGGCUACUAUUACAGAUAGAUAAACAAGAAGACUUCAAAUCUUUAAGAUUUUUGCGUUUAUUUAGCAUCAGAUAAUAUACCAAUAAUUCUAGUAUAUUCCGACCAAAUGACCUCUGAAGCCCGAACCCACACAUAGUGCGCUUGGGCCGCCUGUGGCUUCACAUACGCUAGUUUUAUUUUCAGGUUACUACCAUAUUAAAUUUUAAUGCCGUUGUAAUUCACUUUGUGUUUGUGAAUUUCUUUUUCAUUAAUGGCAUUUUUUCCUCACUACAGCCACUGGGUAUCAAGUCCGUUUCUACAAGUUUUUCUCAUUUCCGUAUCUAAAGAUGAUUUUUUUUCUGCAUCAGUGUGGUCGAUUCAAAUAAAAGCUAUAGCGGUGCUAGUGUUGUGGUACACAGUCAGUUUUAAAAGUAUGGUUUUCAGUGUGGUUCUAACAUUUUGAGUCUAACCUAUAAGGUCAAAAUAGACUACUUGGCUUGUAGGUUUUAUUUUCACAAUUCAGACCAUGUGGGUUCUCAAGAAAAUUUACCUUUUGUCUUUUUAUUAGUUACCCGGCACGCAAAUGCAAGUGGAUAGCUCGACGAUUGUAAGAAACACAGCUGGAAACAUUUCUCUGGGGUAAAAUCGCAAUGGGAAUAUCAAACGAACAAGCUAAAAAGGUUUAUUGAUCUGUCGUUCGAACUGAAAGAUGCUAUUAAAGGCUUCAGAGGUACAGGAAGCAACAGAUAUCUAGUGACACUUCCCGAAGAUUUGAGCGGAAUACUCUCGAAAAAAUAUCAGGUGGAGGUGUGUGCAUGCUCCUUGCAAGCCUUUCACCAUUUCAGACCAAAAUAUUCGAUUUCCCAUUCCCUCCCCUAUCGAGCCUGACCUAAAAGAACUACGUAGAUUCUCCUUUUUCAAACCAGCCGUUUUUAUUUUAACUCAUACACUGUGCUCUGAUAGAUGAUCCCAGUUAAACCUGAUGGGACGCCGCUUCCUUGUUUGGGCCAACAUUUGAGAAAAGGCAAAACGUCCUGUCAUUGAUCUUAUUUCAAAACCGAAGUGCGAUAAAAAAAAAUUGCCAAGCCAUACAAAACCUCAGACCCCGUUUCUAAAAAGUUUCUAAUGGGUAUAUUCUACCCUAUAUGCGAUAGAACACGACAAAUAAGAAUGAUAUAUUACACAUUGUACCAAAGAGAGUUGGGAAGGCGUCAAAAACAUACCCUUAGGCCGUUUCACCCUUUAUCGGCCUCUGGUAGCAUUAACUUCCUUGAUUCCACAAAAACCAAAAAUCUGUCAGCUGAAACGCGCUGAAACUCCUCCCUUUUGGCGUGAAAACAUUAUUACCUAGGUAGCCAUUCAGUUUUAAGUCAGUUGCCUUUGAGUUGCUGACGAGAGCGGGACGGUAUUUGUUGGUUGGCCUUGUGCAAGCUCCAAAAUGUUUUCCCACGCUCUUUUGCCCAGUGUGCUUAUCGUUUUCAGUGUUUUCUUCUUAACCAGGUAAGGCCGAGUUUAAAUGUUUUGAUUUUCAUUUUUUGGUCCUUCACGUUGCUCCGGGAAAGGUCUGGGCUUGCCCCCUUCAAAAAAAGUUUGCCGAUAUCCGAAGAUGUUUGAUGUUAUUUCACUACCCAUUUUAUAAUGAGAUAGACGCCAUGCGAUUUGGAAUUGAAAAAUUUCUUGUCGAUAUUCACAUUCAAACUUCUCGCUUUAAUCGGUAUGGACAAUUCAGGGGUAUUGUGUGACUCACCAAGCACAUGCGUAUCCGAAAAUCAAGACAUUAAGGUUCCUGGAUCAUGUCUGUCACUAUGGGGUCGUCAAAUGCUAGGAUCAGAUUACAACCUCGUCCCCAGGGCUUUUCCCUUAGAGAAUGAGAGAAGCGCGAAUGCCUUGGGGACGAGGUUGAUCAAAUUCUUGGGCAUUUCUCUUUUGAUCUCUUUUUGCCAGUCAAGUGAGGAAUGGGACAAAGAGGGAGACCCAGGGCGCUGGCUGUGGUAUAUUGUGAAUUCCACAUAAUUUAUGGAUCAAGGAAUUAGUCUUCAGAAAAAGCCUACAAACCGUUACUUUUGAAAACUAUGUCGACUGAUGCUUAGUUCAACAAAAAUUAGCCAAAGAAACCUAAACAUCGCCAGUAAAGGCAUGCAACACAGGAGAGCUGUGAAAAUUUAAAUGAUUGUAAGUGCUCUUGAUAACAUGAAUUUUCUUGUCAUCAGCUAAACUAUCAAAAAUAUCAAAUGGUCACUAUUGAAAUUAAAAUAGUUAUGUCAACCAGUCAUGUCAACCUCAUUACGCUUUAAUUCGAGUCACGAUGUGCAAACAACCUCUCUGUUUGGAUCUUUCCGCUUGGCUUAGAGGGUGUGGGUGGGUGGGGGACGGGAAAGGCAGAGCUAUCUCUCUCUUUUCUCCCACUCGGCCCUUCCCACAAGUCGAGCCGUCGCGAAAGUCGUAUCCCUUUGCGGUUAAGUGGUAUGGUACGUGGCAAAUCGAGAUAUCUGAUAAUAAAACCUGUUUCCUUGUUUUAGAGCACUGGAUCAAGAAAGACACAAAGUUUUGGAAAUAGAUUCAAAAGGGAAUCUUUAUCUUUACCGGUCUGCUUUGCUUUGCAAGAAUGAAAUAAUCAAAAGAUUAACUGAAGACAACUUCAAACUGGUUGAACCGAGCCUUAUUGGUAAAGUACAGAGUUUUACAUCUUACGGCGAAACCCGGGGGGUUCUCAUGGGAAUUCUUGGUGGGGGUGUGCCGCCCGGUUCUACAAAUCCUGACCCUAUUUCAGACAAAAAAAAAAAUGUCAUUCUCCAGACCCGUUUUGAGACCAGACUUCCAAAAUCCAUAACCGUUUUCAGACCUGGCCUUUAGGAAGAAAUUAUGUCAUUAUUACUGAGAUUAGAGCGCAAACAAAAAAAAAUAUUCAAAUCCAUUUCGAAUUCGCAUAUUUCUCUUUCUUUCUUACUUACUCAUUUGGAAUUGAAACGAUAAAUACGUUCAUACGCUCCCGUAGUUCCCUCAAAAACCAUCCCCGAUUCCAGACCAACAUGGGCAAAGUGUAUACCCGUUUUCAGACCAAAACGGCGCAAAACUCCGGCCCGAUGGGGCGGCCGCGGGUAGCCAAAACAGCGGAGUUACUUCUCUCGCCCCACUCCUCCACUCUUCAAUAAGUACAAUUACACCUCUCAUGGACAGGCCACGAGGGAAAAAAUGGAUUCCCAUCGGUUUAUGAACGAUUUGUUUUAGGGAAUCGACUCUAGGCUACGGUUCCCCAUCCGAGAGUGGGUCACUCCCGGCUUCCAUACAAGCACUACAUCUCGCAUACACUGUAAAAGUGAUGUUAUAAUCAAAAGAUGCUUGGCACCAAAACAAACCUAUUCAUUUGCACCUUGUUUUCCCUCUGGUUCUAAGAAAAAUCCGCUUCCUUCCUUCAUCUUUUCAACAACCCAUCCGUUUACAAUACAUACCACUUUCACAGGGCAAUCCAAAGCAUUACCUGUGUUGAACUGUCGGCAUCUCAAACUAAAUGUACCCUCGGCGGCCUCAGGAGUCUACUGGAUUGACCCGGAUGGUGGUUCCCAUGGGAACGCUUUCCAGGCUUACUGCGACCAACAGACAGAUGGAGGGGGCUGGACACUAGUUUGGAGUUAUACUUUCACGGAUUACGCAAAUUUUAACAGUGGUUCAAACGCAGUAACCCCUCGUCCAACUUGGACAGCUGGUAGUGCUAACACUCGGGUAUCUACAACAGUUCCACUAAGCGAGACCCACUAUGAAGCCAUGGACUUUGCUUUGUGGCGAACCAUUGGAAACCAG